AUGUGCGGCGGAGUCGCGAAGGAUGAGGUGGUGGCGGUGGCGAUGGUGCAGCGAGCGCAGGGUCGACGAAGUACGCCGGCAACCGAGUCGGCGCCGACAUCCGCGCCGCGAUGGUUGGUGGAGAUGGACGGCGCGGAGGCGGGCUGUGCGCAGCCCGCUCAGGUGACGGCGUCGGCGUCGGGUACCGAAUCGGCGACUGCGGCUCUAUGCCCAGAGACAGCCAUUGGCUGGCCACCAUGGAUGGUGGCGGUGGUGGGCACGGUGCGUCGCCGUGGAGCGGGCGCCGAGGCCGGGGUGGAGCCUGCAAGGCAAGGACCAGCGCUGGAGGCGCUGGUGGAGUCGGUGCACUCGACGGUGGCGCCGCGGGCGAAGCCGUGGACGACACCACCGAACGCCGUGACGGAGGGGCGACGUUUGCACGGAGGCUGCAGCGGCGGCGACGACAGCGAGCACAGCUAUUACGGGCUGGAGUGGACGCUGCAGCACUUCUUCGCGGCGGGGCAGCCGCAGCAGUACCACCUGGUGGUGCUCACCUCCAAGCCCCCCGCGGCCUCCGUCAUCGGCAUCGCCGGCGUGGGCUCCGUCGAGCUGCUGCCCAAGGUCGAGGCCGACCUCAAGCGCACCGUCGCCAGGGUCAUGGACAAGGCCAAGAAGCUCUGCACCCAGGUGAUCGACGUCAGCUACGAAGCCAUCGAGGGUGACGCCAGGAGCGUCAUCUGCGACGCGGUUGAUCGGCACCACGCCGAGAUCCUGGUCGUCGGCUGCCAUGGCUACAGCAAGUGGAAGAGGGCUGUGCUUGGGAGCGUGAGCGACUACUGCACGCACCACGCGCACUGCACCGUCAUGAUCGUCAAGAAGCCAAAGCACAAGCACUGAGAUACUAUAUAUAUGUGUCUUGGAUUGGAUGUCAAGCGGCUCGAUUUCAGAUCUGUGUAUCUUAACUAUUUAUAUUAGUUGCGCGUGUCAGCAUGAGAAUAAAAUGCUAGCUACGUGUGUGCCUAGAGUAAUGACAUAUACUUCAUCCAGUCUCAAAUAUAGGUAACAUCUAGCCAGAUUUGUACGAGACAAACUAUUCUAAUUUUAACGAGCAAUGUUUAUCAAAAACAGUUUAUAUCAGAGCAAAAUGCUUGCACUA